UGGCCAGUCUUCGCUCACCGUUCGCCGAGUAAGCAUCGCAUAAACACGCCGCGUACCGUCCGUAACACAAACUUUUGAACAAUAAUUCCGAGAAUAACGGUCGAUUCCAUUGAAUUGUUAUUGCACACAAUACUGCAGUGAAAUAUAUAGCAACUGAACAAAUUUCGUGUCGAUGUUUUUUUUGUGUUUUUUCGGAAGUCUCGAUAUUCGUUGAGCUUUGUUUACAAAACACGUCGCCCGCGAGCGCGCUGGAUGACGAAUAUUAUCAGAAGUGAGAAAUAUUUAACGUAAAUUUUGAGUCCCCUUAUUUGUGUGUGCGGUGUAAAAAACAUUUGGCGGAACACAUGUAAACAUUGGUCGCGCGAGUGUAUUCGUGACCAAAAGACAGGUUGCCCUGCAUCAACGCACUGGCAAUCACUAGUAUUUUCAUUACGAACGGAAACUCGAAAAACAAAGGAUUAAGGAUGCCUUCGAGUAUGAUGUGUUUCAAAAGGUUCUUCAAACACACGUGGCAUCCUCAACAGAUGGAAAAUCCGUCGAAAUUAGAGCCGGCGAAGCGAGGCGUGGCGGGCUUGCGUCCCGACGACACGGAACUCGGAGAGGUCAAGAUAAUCGUACCCUCCUCGGAUAUUGCGACGUCAACAACGCUCGAAGCAUCCUCCGCAGUGAUACCUUGCGGUAGCGGCGGUUGCAAGACUUCCCGACGCCAUAACGGGGAAUCCCGACCCGAGAGUCCUUGGCACGUCCUAAAAACAAUAUUCCUCGUCUCCGUUAUCAUCGCCUUCGUCGUGUGGGUCGUUGUUUACACUUUAUUGGCGCAGUAUGAGAUUCUGUGAGAUUUAACAGCCUCGAGAGGUAACAGCGUCGAAAAAAUUGGUGCGCAAAGCGAGAGGGGCGCGGAAGGAAGAUGAAGAAAAACGAGUGAGCGUUAUUUUGGAAAGUAAAGACAUUAAAAACAGGGGCACCGUGCGGUAGGACUGGAACGACACGGUGCAAAAUUCGUUUAAUCGAGACGAGCGAUUCGGUUGUGAUAAAAAUUGUAUUUUCUAUCGUCUCUUUAAGUUUAUCCACCAAAUUUAUCGAAUCCAUUAAAAUAAGUUGAAAAUCAAUUACUUUUUAGAUAACUUUUCAUUUAUUUUUGAUACUUUAGUUGUGACGAAGCAACGCUUGCGGAUCUAGUCGAUAUCUCCGUGCCGAGAAACGUCGGUUUGUCCCCGUACAUAUCGCUCGCCUGAUCUUUCAGCGAGAGGGCAAAGAACGAGAAACGAAAAAAAUUGUAAAUAAGAUUGUAAAAUGUGACUUGUACAUGGGAAUAUAUCGUACUUUUAUUUUCACUA